CACGCAGUCAUCCAACUCGUCACGCAGAAGAAAGUGAAAAGACGGUGAAGUGAAAGACCGGAAGGUUGAACAGAUAUGGCACUUAUACAACCAAAGUCGAAAGUAGAACUGCAUGUUCAUCUUGAUGGAGCCAUUAGGAUACAGACCCUAAUCGAUUUGGCAAAGAAGAAGCAAUAUCAGCUACCUUCUUUUGAUGAGAGUUGUUUAAAGGACUAUGUGUCCAUUAGUCUAAAUAAACCAUCAACUUUGGCAGGUUUUUUGGAAUGUUUCAAAAUUUUUUACCCUCUUAUUCGAAAUGAUACUGAAGCAAUGGAGAGAAUAGCAUAUGAAUUUUGUGAAGACCAGGCAGCAUGUGGUGUCCUGUACUUUGAAGUUCGUUACAGUCCUCAUGCCCUUUGUACAGAAAACUCAGCCUUUCCAGACCAGGAAAGAGUGUCCCCAAAAGCUAUAGUGGAAGCAGUGAAUAAAGGAUUGAAAAAAGGAGCUGAAGAUUUUGGUGUGAUUGCACGUUCUAUUCUCUGUUGUAUGCGUCACCUCCCUGAUUGUUCAAUGGAGGUUGUGUCCCUCUGCCAGGAAUUUGCAAGUGAGGGAGUGGUAGGAAUUGAUAUUGCUGGUGAUGAGCCGGUGUGGGAAGGACAAGCUAUGGAAGGACAUGUGAUUGCAUAUAAGGAAGCUAAAAGGCUCAAUAUACAUAGAACAGUCCAUGCUGGAGAAGCAGGCCCAGCUGCCAAUGUGAAAAUAGCAUUAGACAUCCUUCAUGCUGAAAGAAUAGGCCAUGGAUAUCAUGUCAUUCAAGAUGCUGAACUCUAUCGGAGAACAGUCAACGAAAGAAUUCACCUAGAGGUGUGUCCUACAUCAAGUAUACUAACUGGUGCUGUAAAGCCAUGUUUCAAAACACAUCCACUAAGAAGGUUUGUUGAGGAUGGUGUCAAUUUUUCCAUUAACUCAGAUGAUCCACUUGUUUGCCAAACAAGAGUGGACCUUGAACAAGGCGUUGCUUUUAAUAAAAUUGGACUGACCCCUGCAGAAUUAACCCAAGCGACAUUUAAUGCUGCAAGAUCUGCAUUUCUUCCGGAAAAUGAGAAGCACAACCUUAUUGAGCAACUGAAAUUAGUCCAUGGAAUAUAUUGAUCCUUUAAUUAACACAAAUCAAUAAUGAUUACUAUAGUUGAUAUAACAAUAUAUGUGGGGUUAUUAUCCAAGCACGAGGUAAAGAUGAGGAGACAUUGACAAAGUUUUUUUUCCCCCAUUUUGUCUCAGUCCAUGAAAACACACACAAAGAGGUUAAUAUCCAGUCUUCUUGGCCAAACAAGCACUAGGAACCAAUUCUUCUGUUUCCUAUUUUUCCAGUUUCUGAACAUCUCUAUAUCAUGAAAUCCAAGCACGUGAAUCUCUCUUUUUUUUGUCAUUCAUUUUGUCUGGAGCAGAACUUGCUAAUUGAGAUUGUUGGAUAUGUUAGGAUCUAGUCUUAUUGGGAAAUGUGCCAUCCAUUUCCUUGCAUUUGAUGUAAAAUUUUUGAAGAUGUUAUUAGCAAAGAGAUUAACCUAAUAUUUAUAUUUUUUUCUAGAAAGGGUUAGGUGGGUUAUGGGUUGUUUACUUCAAAAUUCAGAAAGCUGGCUGAUUUCUGAAAUGCUCACGAAUUAUAGAUAAAAAAUAUUUUACCUCGGAAAUUUAUUUUUAUCUCAAACAAAAAAAAAACCAUGUAAGAAAAAGUGUUUUAGUUGUUGUUAGUUUUGAAAUUCUCACUAUCAUUAUUUAUAUUACUGUUGUAAAUGUAGUACUUGA